GCGGGCCGGGCCCGGCUGCAUGGCGCCAGCGGCGUCCUCCUGAGCGGCGCGGGCAGCGACGGGCGGCGGGCGGAUCGGGCCGCGGCUCUUCCUCGCCAUGGGGGACGUGCUGUCCACGCACCUGGACGACGCCCGGCGCCAGCACAUCGCAGAGAAAACCGGGAAGAUCCUGACGGAGUUCGGCCGUUUUUAUGAGGACCAAUAUGGCGUGGUUCUCUUCAAUAGCAUGCGCCACGAGAUCGAGGGCACGGGGCUGCCGCAGGCCCAGCUGCUCUGGCGCAAGGUGCCAUUGGAUGAGCGCAUCAUCUUCUCUGGGAACCUCUUUCAGUACCAGGAGGACAACAAGAAAUGGAGGAACCGCUUCAGUCUCGUGCCUCACAACUAUGGGCUGGUGCUCUACGAGAACAAAGUGGCCUACGAGCGGCAGGUCCCACCCCGGGCUGUCAUCAACAGUGCAGGCUACAAAAUCCUCACCUCCGUGGAUCAGUACCUGGAGCUUGUUGGCAACUCCUUACCAGGGACCACGUCAAAAUCGGGCACCGCCCCCAUCCUCAAGUGCCCCACACAGUUCCCGCUCAUCCUCUGGCACCCUUCCGCCCGGCACUACUACUUCUGCAUGAUGACGGAAGCCGAGCAGGACAAGUGGCAAGCGGUCCUGCAGGACUGCAUCCGGCACUGCAACAAUGGGAUCCCAGAGGACUCCAAGGUAGAGGGCCCUGCCUUCACGGACGCCAUCCGCAUGUACCGCCAGUCAAAGGAGCUGUACGGCACCUGGGAGAUGCUGUGUGGCAACGAGGUGCAGAUCCUGAGCAACCUGGUGAUGGAGGAGCUGGGCCCCGAGCUGAAGGCGGAGCUCGCCCCACGGCUGAAGGGGAAACCGCAGGAGCGACAGCGGCAGUGGAUCCAGAUCUCCGACGCCGUGUACCGCAUGGUGUACGAGCAGGCCAAGGCGCACUUUGAGGCAGUGCUGUCCAAGCUGCAGCUGGCCCGGCCAGCCAUGGAGGCGACCAUCCGCACGGACAUGGACCAGAUCAUCACCUCCAAGGAGCACCUGGCCAGCAAGAUCCGAGCCUUCAUCCUCCCCAAGGCAGAGGUGUGCGUCCGGAACCACGUCCAGCCCUACAUCCCGUCCAUCCUGGAGGCCCUGAUGGUGCCCACCAGUCAAGGCUUCACCGAGGUGCGGGAUGUCUUCUUCAAAGAGGUGACUGACAUGAACCUGAACGUCAUCAACGAGGGCGGUGCAGACAAGCUGGGUGAGUACAUGGAGAAGCUGUCCCAGCUGGCCUACCACCCCCUCAAGAUGCAGAGCUGCUACGAGAAGAUGGAGCCGCUGCGGCUCGACGGGCUACAGCAGCGUUUCGACGUGUCCAGCACAUCCGUGUUCAAGCAGCGAGCCCAGAUCCACAUGCGAGAGCAAAUGGACAAUGCUGUGUACACCUUUGAGACCCUCCUGCACCAGGAGCUGGGGAAGGGGCCCACCAAGGAGGAGCUGUGCAAGUCCAUCCAGCGGAUCCUGGAGCGGGUGCUGAAGAAAUACGACUACGACAGCAGCUCGGUGCGGAAGCGAUUCUUCCGUGAGGCGCUGCUGCAGAUCACCAUCCCCUUCCUGCUCAAGAAGCUGGCGCCCACGUGCAAGUCGGAGCUGCCCCGGUUCCAGGAGCUGAUCUUCGAGGACUUCGCCAGGUUCAUCCUGGUGGAGAACACGUACGAGGAGGUGGUGCUGCAGACGGUCAUGAAGGACAUCCUGCAGGCCGUGAAGGAGGCCGCGGUGCAGAGGAAGCACAACCUCUACCGGGACAGCAUGGUCAUGCACAACAGCGACCCCAACUUGCACCUGCUGGCCGAGGGCGCGCCUAUCGACUGGGGUGAGGAGUACGGUGGCAGCGGGGGGGACGGCGGCAGCCCCAGCAUCCCAGAAGCAGCCACCCAUUCAGAAAAGCGACGGCGUGCCAAGCAGGUGGUGUCUGUGGUCCAGGACGAGGAGGCAGGGCUGCCGUUCGAGGCCGGCCCUGAGCCACCAUCACCUGCGUCCCAGGACAGUGUCACUGAGCUCCGGGGCCUGCUGGCCCGGGAUCUGCGGGCUGAGAGCCCCCCGCCGGCUGGCCCUCUGCUCAACGGGGCCCCCUCCCAGGAGAGCCCCCAGCCCGCGGCAGCCCCUGAGGCCUCCUCGCCGCCCACCUCACCCCUCCGGCAACUCCCUCCUGGAAAGGCUGCGGACCUUGAGCUUCCCAAACCUAGUGACCAGGAGACCGGGGAGCAGGUGUCCAGCCCUGGUGGCCGCCCCCCCAUCCACACCACCACCGAGGACAGCGCAGGGGUACAGACGGAGUUCUAGGCCGGUCACCCCCGAGCUUCUGCUGGACAUGGCACACGGGCCACCCCCUCCAAGACACUGGCAGGCUGGGCUCCAGCCGGGGAGCCCUAGAUCUAGGCCUCGGGGUGGAGGUAGGGGAGGGCUGGUGUGGCACCUCUGGGGCUGGCCCACCUGAGUCACUUUAUUGGGUUUGGUCACACUUUGCUCCGUUUUCUCUUCUGUGGGAUGAUCUGGGGCUUCCUGCUUGUGCUGGGAGCUGGGCCAGCCGAGGGGGCUGAGGAGUACCUUGGUGGCCGCCGGUUCCCUGGGUCCUCCCUUCCUGCUUUCUGGGGUCGGUUUCCCUCACGGGGGUCUUACCCUCCUUCUCAGUAAGACCGAUGUAGAGUUGUUCGCUGGGUUAUUCGGCCACUGAAUUCUCUCCCUUCUCACUGGUGGAGGGGGCCCAUUGGAACCAGAAGCAUGGAGCGUUGAAGCCCAGCUCUGUGUCCAGACCACUGUCCUCCUCAAUCCUGGCUAGGCCUCCAGAGGCCAGGUUUGGAGUGGACACUGGCCUCGCUUUGCCUGCUGUGGGUGAGGGGAGGUGCACAGAGGGGUCUUCAGGCUGUAGCCAGGCUAGGGAUGCCUCCUGGAGGAGGGGUGAGGGGCCGGGAUUGGAAUGAGAAAGGCCCAGAAUGUGCUAGUCUGUGGAGAGGAAGUGUUCCAAGAGAGGGAGGGAGGGAGGGAGGGAGGGAG